AUGCGUGAGAUUGUUCACCUCCAGACCGGCCAGUGCGGUAACCAGAUUGGUGCUGCCUUUUGGCAAAACAUCUCUGGCGAGCACGGCCUCGACAGCAAUGGCGUUUACAAUGGCACCUCUGAGCUCCAGCUCGAGCGCAUGAGCGUCUACUUCAACGAAGCUUCCGGCAACAAGUAUGUCCCUCGCGCCGUCCUCGUCGACUUGGAGCCCGGUACCAUGGAUGCUGUUCGCGCCGGCCCCUUCGGCCAGCUUUUCCGCCCCGACAACUUCGUCUUUGGCCAGUCCGGUGCCGGCAACAACUGGGCCAAGGGUCACUACACCGAAGGAGCUGAGCUUGUCGACCAGGUCCUUGACGUCGUCCGCCGCGAGGCUGAGGGCUGCGACUGCCUUCAGGGCUUCCAGAUUACCCACUCCCUUGGUGGAGGUACUGGUGCCGGUAUGGGUACUCUGUUGAUCUCCAAGAUUCGCGAGGAGUUCCCCGACCGCAUGAUGGCUACCUUUUCCGUCGUUCCCUCCCCUAAGGUUUCCGACACCGUUGUUGAGCCCUACAACGCCACUCUCUCCGUCCACCAGCUGGUUGAGAACUCCGAUGAGACCUUCUGCAUUGAUAACGAGGCUCUCUACGACAUCUGCAUGCGUACUCUUAAGCUCUCUAACCCCUCGUACGGCGACCUGAACCAUCUCGUCUCUGCCGUCAUGUCCGGUGUCACUACCUGCCUGCGUUUCCCUGGUCAGCUGAACUCUGACCUGCGUAAGCUGGCCGUCAACAUGGUUCCUUUCCCCCGUCUUCACUUCUUCAUGGUCGGAUUCGCUCCCCUGACCAGCCGUGGUGCCCACUCUUUCCGCGCUGUCAGCGUUCCUGAGCUCACCCAGCAGAUGUUCGACCCCAAGAACAUGAUGGCUGCCUCUGACUUCCGCAACGGUCGCUACCUGACCUGCUCUGCCAUCUUCCGUGGUAAGGUCGCCAUGAAGGACGUCGAGGACCAGAUGCGCAACGUCCAGAACAAGAACUCUUCUUACUUCGUCGAGUGGAUCCCCAACAAUGUCCAGACCGCCCUCUGCUCCAUUCCUCCCCGCGGCCUCAAGAUGUCCUCCACCUUUGUCGGUAACUCUACCGCCAUCCAGGAGCUCUUCAAGCGUGUCGGUGAGCAGUUCACUGCCAUGUUCCGUCGCAAGGCUUUCUUGCAUUGGUACACUGGUGAGGGUAUGGACGAGAUGGAGUUCACUGAGGCUGAGUCCAACAUGAACGACUUGGUCUCUGAGUACCAGCAGUACCAGGACGCUGGUGUUGAUGAGGAGGAGGAGGAGUACGAGGAUGACGCCCCCCUGGAGGAGGAGGUUUAA